GGGAGUUGUAGUGAGAAGCGGAGUGGGCGACCUGAGGAGAGAGUGAGGCGGAGGAGGCGCGAAAUAUGGCGGUGGCGGUGGCAGACUGCGGGGAGCGAGGACACCAUCCGUGUGGAUAUAAAACGCUCCGGGUCGUCUUCAGGAGGGAGGUCUCUCAAGCUGCAAGAAUUCACUUCUCAAGUCGACCUCCUGCUGGUUCAGGAUCUGCUAUACUGCCUUCUAGAAGAUACACAGAGCAGAUUCCAGGCGCUAUACAGUCAUGUAGUAUGCGCUGCUGGUUGAUAACAUCCCUCGCUUCCCGGACUAGAGAUAAACACGCGGAUGCCUCAGUGAGAAGACGGCGACCUCCUCUGACUGCACGGUCACAUCUCAAGGUUUGGUUUCAACCUCAGCAGAUGCCACCUACAUGAUCUUGGGUCUAAUUUUCUUGGAAUUUAAGAUUCUUGUAUCAAAAGGCUUUUGGAGAAGACAACCGAGGAGUCCAGAAGUUUAUUGGAUCCUUCAUGUGGACCAUCUAGCCCGAGUCCAGAAGUUCAUUGGACCCUUUGUGUGGACCAUCUAGCCCGAGUCCAGAGGUUCAUCGGACCCUUUUUGUGGACCAUCUAGCCUGAGUCCAGAAGUUCAUUGGAACCUUUGUGUGGACCAUCUAGCCUGAGUCCAGAAGUUCAUUGGACCCUUUGUGUGGACCAUCUAGCCCGAUUCCAGAAGUUCAUUAGACCAUUUGUGUGGUCCAUCUAGUCCGAGUCCAAAAGUUCAUUGGACCCUUUGUGUGGACCAUCUAGCCCGAGUCCAGAAGUUCAUUGGACCCUUUGUGUGGUCCAUCUAGCCCAAAGAUGAGAAGAUGUCCACCCGCUAGUGUUCUGAAGAGUAAAAUGAGUCCAUCUUCUCGGCCUGACCUGUGCAGAGUUGACUUUCUUAGUCUUGCCUAACACCCCUAUGAGUCAAUGCAGAGACAAAGAGACCCAGAUAGUUGGGAAAUAUCUAUGCAUCACCUAGGACGUCUUCUAGAUGUUCUGUCUCAGCUCUCCGGACCCUUGAAUGUACGACACUUGACUAUCUACCAUAGCUGGAAAGCCCAGUAGCAUCAUAUAACAGUCAAUGAGGUGUUUCCAUGCUGAUCCCGACAGUAGCAGAUAAACCCCCUGAAGUUUCCCCUCUUCGUUACUUGGUCAUCUCUGCUCCAGCAGGACACCAAUGUCCGUUCCAGCUGCCAUGCUGCCUUUGGCUGUCUUCGUCUUAGACUGCCUGCUUAUGGCAUUGGGACACUAUGACAUCUGUAAAUCAUGGGUGGCAUCUGACGAGGGCCCUUCCUGGGAAUAUUAUGCCUGUCAACCAAAGCCCAUGGUGAUGAAAGAGUAUGCCAUCAUCAAGGUGGAUCCUCCUGGAAUUACCUGUGGUGACCCCGCGGAGUACUUCUGCACACAUGAGAACCCAUACCUCUGCAGUGAUGAAUGCGAUGCCUCCACCCCUGACCUGGCCCAUCCCCCCAGUCACAUGGUUGACAAGGACGAAGAAGGCCUAGCCACCUACUGGCAAAGUGUCACAUGGAAACGGUACCCAGAGCCACUGGUGGCCAACAUCACGAUGUCCUGGAACAAAACCAUAGAGUUAACCGACGACAUUGUGGUGACCUUCGAAUAUGGACGUCCCACCGCCAUGAUGCUGGAGAAAUCAUUGGACUAUGGAAGGACUUGGCACCCGUACCAGUACUAUGCUGAUGACUGUAUCGAAGCCUUUGGCAUGACAGCCAAGAAGGUGGUGAACCUGAUAGCGAACAACGUCAGCCGCGUGCUGUGCACCGAGGAAUACUCCCGCUGGGCAGGCUCUAAGAAGGAGAAGAACGUGGUCUUUGAGGUUCAGGAUCGAUUUGCCAUCUUUGCUGGUCCAGACUUGAGAAAUAUGGAGAACCUAUACACAAGGAUGGAGAGCGCCAAGGGCUUGAAGGACUUCUUCACGCUCACUAACCUGCGGCUACGACUCUUGAGACCGGCGCUAGGUGGCACCUACGUGCAGCGGGAUAAUCUGAGGAAGUAUUUUUAUGCCAUCUCCAACAUAGAGGUGUCCGCAAGGUGUAAAUGUAACCUUCAUUCCAACGCAUGCAACUUCCGAGAAGGGGCUCUUCAGUGCGAAUGUGAGCACAACACCACCGGGCAAGACUGCGGCAGGUGCAAGAAGAGCUUCCGCAACCGAUCCUGGCGAGCGGGUUCCUACACACCUCUGCCUCAUGGAUCUCCAAACUCAUGUGCAGCGUCCGGUUCCUCGGGCAACUGUGAAUGUUAUGGACACUCCAACCGGUGCAGUUUUAUCGACUUUCUGAAUGUGGUCACUUGCGUCAGCUGCAAGCACAAUACUCGGGGACAGCACUGCCAGCACUGCCGCCUCGGCUUCUACCGCAACGUGUCUGCCGAGCUGGAAGACGAGAAUGUCUGCAUACAAUGUAACUGUAACCAGCAAGGCUCUGAACAUGAACGCUGCAACGAGACUGGGGAUUGUGUUUGUCGGCCUGGAGCUACUGGAACUAAAUGUGAAGAGUGCCUACUGGGCUACCACUGGAGACAGGGUUGCCAUCCAAAUGUGUGCGACGAUGAACUGUUGAUUUGCCAGAAUGGUGGCACGUGUCACCAGGGACAGCGCUGCAUUUGCCCCAAUGGCUUUAAAGGAGCCCUGUGCCAAGAUGUCAAAUGUGACCCCACCCACAGGAACUGUGACUCCGCCUCCAGCGCCCUGAUGUUUUCCUCUCUGCUCCUCAUCUGUACAAUCCUACUGAGCAUGGAAGGCAUUUAGGUUCCCCGCCCCCACGGUCUUCAUGUCCGAGCACACACUGCAGGAGGUGUCUACAAGUCAUGCAAUCCCCCUGUGAGGACGCACCAUCCGACCAGCGGGGGAGGAUCUGUGCUGGUAACUCAGCUUCUGCAGUGCCUUAUUGUCGCCUAUCACAUGGGACUUUAGAAGAAGGCGCCCAUGUCCUCGCAUCCACGGUGGAGACAGAUGCCACUGCGGCCCUCAGGUGGAAGAAUUAUUCUCAGUUAAUGGCUAUUAUAGACUCAGUGGCAAUAUCUACCCACACUUUAGAUUCUUGGGAGCUGGCAUUUAGCCCGGGCACCAGCUGAGUCCAAGAUGGACGUCACAUUAAGCACCUCCCCCUAAAAAUGGGAGGAGACAUAGACCAAUGAUGUAUAACUAUUAUCACUAAGCAGAUAUGGACCUUGUGCCAAAAACAGGAUAGACACCGAUCUAGAUGGCUGACGACGCUCGCCACCACCGGGAGGUUAUUUUUUGGGGGGGAGGGGAGCAUCUGAAUCUGACCCAUUUGGCUCUGACUGUUUGACAUUUCUUUGUCUGUUAACCAUUUGCUGCCUGUGUGUAACCUUUGGCGUCAUUUGGGGGGUGGGGGGCAAAUUUCAAAUAAUUUCAUCCCAUUUUCUCAAAAGAUUUUAUUUUUGAAAUAGUAAUCUCUUUAUCCAUCCCUCUAGUGUAUACGAAACGAUCACCUUCACUGUGACACUGGAAACUAUUGUGGGCGGAGCC